AAAGCUUUACUCCAACCCCAUGGGUGGGUCGCUGCCGGAGUCCUUCUCACAACUCAAGAACCUCACCCACCUCCAUCUAACGGACAUGGGUCUGUCAGGGCCCAUUCCCGAAUCGUGGGGGCACAUGAAGAGCCUUCAGUACUUCCAUUUGAGUGACAACAAUCUCUCGAGCACACUUCCAAUCUCUCUGGGGGAACUCACCAACCUUGUUGAACUGUCUGUCGACCACAAUCCGUUCCUGAAGGGAAAGCUGCCGCCCUGCUGGGCCACCAUUCAAUCCCUCGGCACUCUCACACUCACCAGCACCAAGCUGCACUGCCCCACGCGUCCUGUGGACUCCUGCUGUCCCGGCACCCUUCAGAGCGACCUGCCCUAUUGCUCCCUCAUCUGCCACAACUUCUGCCGCGACUGCCAACCACCUCUGCUAUCCACAUCAGUCAUAGCAGGCAUGGUGGUGGGCUGUGUGGUGUUUGUGCUAGUCGUGCUGCUCCUUCUGCUCUACGUUUGGUACUACUACUGGGGACCCGGCAGCCGCAAGGGUGAGUGGGGAGAAGGACGAGUGGGGUGCGAUGGUGAGUGCGGUGGGGGUGUGCGUUGGCUAGGGAGUGUGGUGUUGCUGUGGGCAGCGCUGCUCGUGCUUCUCUACGUGUGGUACUACUACUACUGGAGACGUCAUGGGAGAGAGAGCUGCAGCAGGCCUUCAGGAGGUACUGAUGAUGCCACUCAUCAAUCCCGUUCUCUGUGCAUCCCUCCCCCCCUCUUCCCCCCUUGGGUACCGUGGGAGAGGGAGCUGCAGCAGGGCUUCAGGAGGUACACGUGGAGGGAGGUGAUGGAGGCGACCAACCAGCUGAGCACUGGUGAUGCCACUCCAUCCCAACCUCUGUGCAUCCCCCCUCCCCCUCCUUCCCGCUCCCCGGCAGCGUGGGAGAGGGAGCUGCAGCAGGGCUUCACGAGGUACACGUGGAGGGAGGUGAUGGAGGCGACCAACCAGCUGAGCACUGGUGAUGCCACUCCAUCCCACCCUCUGUGCAUCCCCCCUCCCCCUCCUUCCCGCUCCCCGGCAGCGUGGGAGAGGGAGCUGCAGCAGGGCUUCAGGAGGUACACGUGGAGGGAGGUGAUGGAGGCGACCAACCAGCUGAGCCCCGACAACCUUCUGGGGAAGGGCGGCUUCGGCUCCGUCUACUGGGGCGUCAUCGGCGGGGAGCAGCACAGCGGGUGGAGCUCGCGGGUGUGGAAGAGAGCCGAGGCCAGCAGCAGAACCAAAAGCAGUUUCAUGAGUGGGGCCAGUGGCAUGAGUGGGGGAAGCGGCACGAGUGGGGGCAGUGGCACGAGUGGGAUCACAAUUUCUCUGGUUGAAGCUGCUGCUGGUGCCAAGGGUGCGGGGUCGGGUGGCAAGGUGGCCGGCAGUGCCGAUGGGUCGGACGGGGGGGUGCGUUGCGUGGGCGGCGGUGUCCAUGUGGUGGGCGGCAUGGAGGUGGCUAUCAAGCGGGCGGCUGCUGUGGAGCGAUCGUCCAGUAUCGCCACCAUGUUUGAAGAAGAGGUGAAGGCGGUGUCCAAGUUGAGUCACAAGUACCUCGUGCGCCUCCUCGGCUACUGCAACGAGAACAACGAGCAGGUGUUGGUGUACGAGUAUGUGCGCAACGGGCCCCUGAGCGACCAUCUGUAUGCCAAGUUCCAAGGGCACUUGCUGACUUUUGAGGAGCGAUUGGACGCGGCAUUGGGCUUGGCAGAGGGGCUCAGAUACCUGCACUGCCAUGCUGAGAAGCCCAUCGUGCACCGCGACAUCAAGCCCUGCAACGUGCUGCUUACAGAGGACUACCAGGUGAAGAUAGCUGACUUCGGGCUGCUGCGGCUGCUGGAUGAUGGGGCGGCCAGGGAGGGCGCGUACACGCGUGUGGCGGGCACAAGGGGGUAUCUGGACCCCGAGUACAUGACGUGCGAGAAGGUGUCCACGGCGAGCGAUGUGUACAGCUACGGUGUGCUGUUGCUCGAGAUGGUGACAGGGCGGCCGGCCACGGCCAGGGACCCGGAGGAUGAGUCUUGUCUCAUCCACAUCACCACUUGGGCGGUGCCAUACAUUGAGCGCGGGGAGGCGGUGCCAUACAUAGAGCGUGGGGAGGUGCGGGUGAUAGCGGACGCGCGCAUCGCCUCGCCGCUCAACCUGCCGUUUCUGCUGCAGAUGGCGCGCACCGCCGCCCUCUGCGUGCAGCUGCCGUCCACGCGCCGCCCGGACAUGGCUGAGGUGGCGCGCGUCAUGCUGGACGCCCGGAGAGGCUUCCAUGCCGCUGCUUCUGCCGCUGCUGCCGGUGCUGCUGCACUCGCCGCCGCUGGUGGUGCUGCUGGUGGGCCGGGUGUGCAGGGAGGAAGACAAGGAGGGGUGGGGGGAGCAGCAGGCGGAGCAGGAGGAGCAGGGGUGAUAGGCGGGGCUGCUGCACUGGCAGCGCAUGUAUCGAGAGGAAUUACGGCUGGGGCAAAGGCGCUGGGGGGGAAGGGGGAUGCGCAGGGAGGGGAGGUGGGGAGGAGUGGGAGUGGUGGUGGGAGCGGUAGGAGUGGCAGGAGCGGUAGUGGGCGUCUGGGAGGCAGCCUUAGGGUUAUGCAGAGUGAGAGUAUGAGGAGGUGGGUGCAGUACUUUGCAGGGGGUGGCGGUGCGAGUAGGAGAGACACUGAGAGCUUUGAGGAGAUCAUGCCUAGCAGUACACUGGAGAGCUCGGGGAGAGAGUGGAAUAGAGUGGAUUCGGAAGUUACUUUCUGCCGUUUCGAACGCCCUUUCGCCGCCUUCCUAUCUCAUCUCGCUCGCCCUCCCGUUCCGAUCGACCGUCCUGACGCCGUCCCAUCGACCAUCCUGACGCCGCCCCAUCGACCGUCGCGUCGCGAUCAUGUCGUCCGUCCCGUCGACGUCCUGUCGCCCUCCUACCGUCAUCUCCAUUACCCCUCUCCUCCAAUCACCCUCGCGAUUUUCCCGUCGCAAAUCUCUCUCUCGCCGCUCCCUUCCCGUUGCAACCAAUCGCCUUCUCCUCUCCCUUCUCAUCGGCUCUCUCUCGCCGCUCCCUUUCCGUUGCAAUCGCCUUCUCCCAUCCCUUCCCGUCGCUCUAUCUCUCUCCCCUCCCUUCCCGUCGCUCUAUCUCUCUCCCCUCCCUUCCCGUCGCGCUCUCUCUCUCGCUGCUCCCUGCGCGUUGCUCUCUCUCUCGCCGCUCCCUUUCCUGAACAAAUCGCCUUCUCCCCUCCCUUCCCGUCGCUCUCUCUCUCGCCGCUCCCUUUCCGUUGCAAUCGCCUUCUCCGUCGCUCUAUUUCUCUCCCCUCCCUUCCCGUCGCUCUAUCUCUCCCCUCCCAUCCCAUCGCUCUAUCUCUCUCCCCUCCCUUCCCGUCGCUCUUGCUCUCUCCCCUCCCAUCUCGUAGCCUUAGAUGCAGCCGUCGCAAAUUCCUCUCCCACCCACCAUCACCCACUCCAUCGCCUUCCCGCUCGCCACGAAACGCCUUCUCGUCCCCCGCCCACUUUCUCCUCCCAUCGCCUGCCUGGUCGCCUUCGCGCUCGCACUCAAACGCUCUCCCCGCGCCCUUCCUCUCUCCCUUCCCAUCACCGACCUCGUCGCCCUCGUGCUCGUCCCGAAAUGCCUUCCCAUCGCCUUUCGUCUCUUCUCCCCAAUCAUUAAUCUCUGAAACGCUCUCCAUCGUCGGCCAAUCUGCCCUUCGCUCUUGCUAUGCAAUGCCCUCACCGCGCCCUUCCUCCCUCCCUCACAAUCUGUCUUCCCUCCCCGCAUCCCGUCGUUCCUCUCUCCCCUUCCAUCCCAUCGUUCCUCUCACCCCUUCCAUCCCGUCGUUCCUCUCUACCCUCCCAUCCGGUCGUUCCUCCGCUCUACCCUCCCAUCCCGUCUUUCUUCCUCUCUCCCCUCCCAUCCCGUCGUUCAUCCUCUCUUCCUUCCUAUCCCGUCGUUCUUCCCUUCUCCCCUCCCAUCCCGUUGUUCCCCCUCUCUCCCCUCCUCUCCCGUCAGCCCCCUUGUCCCCAGUCCCUUCUCUUCGCCGUCGACCAAUCAACCGUCCCGUCGCCCUUUCUCUUUUCGUACAUCAUUAA